UUCGACGCCGAACUCCCGACGGGAAUGUCUCCCAGUGACGUUGCAGUGACGGUGCUCUGCGCCGUCUUGGCGCUGGCUUCUGGCCAGACGAGGAGGCUCACGUUCAACGGUGUGGACUACAGCAGCCAAGAGCUCAGGCUCAACAACAACGUGAAAAUUCAGGCGUUCUUCGGGAUUCCCUACGCCCGGCAGCCCUUCGGACGUUUCCGUUUCACGAGACCCGAGCCGCUGACGAAACUGAACGACUGGCAGCUCACCGACGACGAGCUUCGACGUCACUACAAAACUCCGCCGACCCAAGCGCGGUCUUGUCCUCAGAUCGAUCCUUUCGGAGGCAACUUCGAUAGCUCACAGAGUAUCGAAGACUGUCUCCGUGUGGAUCUGUACAUACUGGACGAAGUGUUCCAGGAGCAACGAUCCUACGACAGGAAGUAUGGAAUGGGCAUUCUCGUCGAAGGUUUCGAAUUCAAGUCCAGCGUGGCGAGCCACUUGGAUUUGGCAGGCGGAGGCUUCAAAGGUCAGAGCGACGUGGGUGUCCUCGCCGUGGUCCACUACAGGCUGGGCGCGCUCGGGUUCCUGACCACCGAAGACGACGAGGGACCUGCCAACCUCGGGCUGUGGGACCAGAGCGAAGCUUUGAGAUUCCUCAAGGAGCAUGCGCUGAACGGAAACAUACCCCAAGUGGAUCCUCAGAGGAUCAGUUUGCUGGGUUUCGGAUCGGGAGGCGUAUCGGCCUCGAUUCACAUGCUCAACCCUCUCAACAAAGCCAUGUUCUCAUCGGCGUUGGUCUCUGGCGGAAGCGCUCUGGGUCCGGACGCGAGCAUCCGGGAUGCCCGGGAUCGAGCCUUCGAAUUCGGUCAGCAUGUCGGCUGCACCUCGAGCAGCCCGCGGAAAUUGAUCAACUGUUUGCGAUACGUAGACCUUCAGAAACUAGUCACCACCGGAAACGAGGCCAACUUCCUCUUCGGUCCAGUCGUGGACGUGAAUCACACGAGGGACGUAACGAAGGCCUACAUAAUGGACCAUCCCCAGAGGCUGAUGGAGCGCGAGAAUUUCGAAAGUAUCCGGAGCGUGCUCUACGGUUUCCCCGAACAUGCGGCGAGCCUUCGCUACUACACGCAAGCCCUGGCCAGGGCUGCUCCUCUCAACGGUCGCACGACAGCACCGCCGGACAAUUCGAUCGACGAGCGAAUUAAAUAUUAUCUAAGUCCUUUCCAAUCGCACGGCGACACGUCCAGAGCUCUGGCCGCGUCCGUGAAGUUCCUGUACUUCCGGAACUACACCGAUGAGACUCUAAUGUCCAACCAGACCCUCUUCGAUUCGCUCAUGAUCGACGCUCUUACGGAUUACCUCAGCGUAGGUCCAGUGAUCAGUGCGGCUCACCUCCACGCGAGUAAAAAACUCAACGAGCAGCGAUCGGGCGUUUUCAUCUAUUACCGCGAUUCUGAGCCGGAGCUCGCGACGUUCAGCUCCAAACUCCCCGUCAUGAGUUCCGCUUCGGUCAAGUACGGAACGACUAUGGACGACCUACUUCAGUUCGUGGGUGUCAAGGGUAUCGUGCCCUCCGAUCAAGGCUCCGAGGAUCGUUUGGCGCGCGUAUGGACUGUCGUGCUCCAGGAUUUAUUCGGCAAAGUCGAAACGAGCGCCAGGGACAUCGCCGGAAUACAGGACUACAGGCCGAUCUCUCGGUCCGAAGUGUUCUACAUAACGGCUCUGCGUGGCAAGGGAUCGCCUCAAGCGUCCACGAUGAAGUACCGUGAACCGAACCGCAUUUUUUGGUCGAAAUACGUUCCAACGAUCGGAACCAUCCUCGACGACAUAAGCAGAAUGUCCCGAGAUCGCAACGAUAACGCGAAGCUGUAUUGGAGAACGACCCUGGGAACCGCGAUACCCUUGGGACUAUUGGUCAUUGUGUGUCUAUGCCUUGGCGCUCUCUUGUGGAAGGCGCAAAGAUCCGCCUCUUCGAACCUAACGAAAGUUCAAUUCCAUAAAGUGUCCACGAACGAUCCUUGAAGCGGAGAUCAUGGUUCUGUAAAAAAAAUCGACACUCAUGGACGGAGCAGCGCGUUCCCAGCUCUUAGCAACGAAUUCAUCAUUUACUGAGCAAGCUGCCCGUCGGAGCUCGACCGACAAUCAAGCUUCCGACAUGGGUCGAAUACAUCAAUUGAAAGAGUCCGUUUUCGUUGAACGAAAGCCAUUCGCGGACUCAGAGCGCGGUCGUUGUAUCGAAAUUCCAUCGUAUUGAUUGAGUUUGUACAAUAUCGGCAAGCUCAGACUGCCAUCACGAGAUCUGCCAUCCCUGGGGGGGGGGUUAACAUGUGUUGAAAUUCCCAAUAAUAAAUAGGUUGUUCUCUCGAUAGACGAUCUCUUCAAUAAUAUUCAAGUCACGGGACUCCUGGAAAAAUAAAAUAUCUCGGUAUCAGCUAA